GAAAGGCUAAAAAGUGGCGGGAAAAGCAAAGGGGCUUCCAGUCGGCGCUGCACCGGAGAGGCUGCCGUGGUUGUGGGUUCGAAUCCUCGCUUGGAAAGACUUCCAUGCUGUGUUUGUGUAGGCAGUUUUGCAAAAAUGUCGGUAAAUCCCAUGGCCUACGAGGCCCAGUUCUUCGGCUUCACUCCUCAGACGUUCAUGUUGCGGAUAUAUGUAGCCUUCCAGGACCACCUUGCUCACGUAAUGCUUGUGGUGGAGGACACGAUUCUGAAUAAAUUGGAGUGCAUCCGUCCCAAUAAGCUCACACCAUCCAUAAUCCGGAGGAGCACGGAGCAGUUCUUCUCUUUAAUGAAGAAGAUUUUCAACAACCUCUUUGGCAAAAUGGAAGACACCCUUCUGAAAACGGUGUUGAGCAUCCCCCCAAAUGUUUUGCUUCCGGAAGACAAAGGCCAAGAGGAAUUCCACUACACUCCAGAACAGUUUCAGGAGCUCCAGCAUGAGAUUGACCAGCUGGAACGACAACUCAAGGCCGAAAGCUCAGCCGAACAGGCUCUUCUAGCGGAGCUGGAGGAGCAAAAGAUUGUCCAAGCACACUUUGAAGGGAUCCUCCAGUGGUUUGACAGCCUUGACAACGUAGGCAGAGAAGCGGGGGUCGGCAACCUGAAAGAAAGCUUUUCCGCCUUGUCAAAAACAACUGUCAAACUCCAGAGUGUCGUGCGGGAGGUGGAAGAGAAAAUGAACAAGCUGAAGAAGUGAUUGAGUAAAGGUGGGGGUAGAGAACCUUCAAGUGUUCUUGGACUCUCGUUCCCAUCAGAC